AUGGUUGAAUGGGUCGUCAAACAUCCACAGCUAAACACAAAAAAGUUUUCAGCUAAUUUUACAUUAAAAGAUUCCCAACAGCUUUGGGAAAAUGUGACCAUUAUUUUAAAUUCGUGUGUUGGCGGCGUUGGCGCAACUAAAACAUGGCAGUUUUGGAGAAAAUGCUACAAUGAUAUAAAGUGGUUGACUAAAGGCAAAGUCCCAUCUAAGGCGUCAUAUAAUAAAACUGGAGGUGGUGACAAACCGGACAGCGAUUACCUUAGUGAAAUAGAAAACACGGUUGUAAAUAUGAUUGGUCCGACAGCAAUUCACGGUCAUGAAGGUAUCAUGGAAGCAGAGGCAUCAAUAUUUUAUUUAAACCACUGUACCGACGACACAAUAAAUUUGCCUUUAGAAGAUAAUGAGUUCGUAUUUUGUAAUUAG